CUUGUCCCAGAUGAGAAAGUCAUUUUUAGACUCACGUGUUUGAAGGUUAGGCUACAGUGUUUUAAACUGAACAGUAUAGUUAACUGAUUUGAAUCUGCUAAAAAUUGUCUGUUGAAUAGAAUAUUUGUUCUGUUAAUUCAACUGGUUUUAUUGUUGUUUUUAUUUGUUUUUGAUCAGAUAGCUGAGGUAAAGCUGUUGUACUGAGAUCAAGAUUUGCACGUUACUGAAUUCAGCUUGUCCAUAGCAUCCCUCUCAAAUGUAUGUCUAACCUUAAAAAUUCCAGAGUAAAGGGAUUUUGUUUUGUAUGUUAAGUUUGAAUGUUCAACUACAAUAUACUUAAUAUUUGUACUUAAUGUAUUGUACGUUUUACUUAAUUCUCAUGUUUUCCAGAGUGACCAUUACUCUAUCAAAUAGAAAAAAAAAUAUUUUUUCUUUCUGGAUAAAUCUAUGCUGGAUACUUCUCACUGCCUUAUCAACUUUCUGGGGGCGGGGUUUAUUUUAUUUAUCCAUUUAUUUAUUUAAGUUUUAAAAUGUAUCUCACUGUCCUUUGAUUCUCUUGUUUUUCUCCCUUUUUAAAAAACAGGUUCCUAGUAUGCUCCACUGGAGUCAUCUGGGGCUUGCAAGCAUUUCUGUGGUUUAUGUUCAGUCAGGGAUAGAUGUCUUCAUUUCUCCAAAUAACGGUUCAUCUCACAAAUGAUGAAUACAUUAAAAAAAUUUAGAAGCUGUAUUGAAAAUAGUGUUAUAUGUCAUGAAUUUCAGCAGUUUAAAAUAACUGGUUUCUGCUUUGUUAGGCAAUCUCAUGUUUUGCAUGCCGUUGCCAGCUCAGAAGAACAAGUAAGAAUUGUUAAGAACAUUUUUUUAACUGUUCCUAUUUGAAGAUACAAAAGUGCGUUUAGUCAAGAUUGCAGAGCAAUCCAGUUCAAGUUGUUCAAAAGCACAGAAGUGUCUCUAAAGACUGGGGUCAUCCUGUCUCCUUCCACCUGCCCUGCUGAGCAGUCCUGUAUAUCAAAAUUUUUGUUUGAAGUAACUAUUCAGUGAGAUCUUUUUUAUAUUUUAUAUGUGGUUUGCAUUGCUAGAACUUUCUCCCUUGAGUUCCUUGUUCUGCUGAACAGAUAGCUGUGUGAAAGUUAGCAUUUGCACGUUUCUGUCAACGGUACUGAUCCAUAAAUCCCCUGUUUGAAGCCUUUUGAAGUACCUGGAUACACAGGUUUCUAGCUUGUGCCACACUCUGUGCCAUAAUAUUUACUGGCACCUGCUGAUAUUUGUACCCAAGCUACUAAGGUAAAUUAAAUUAACUUUUGAAGUAAUGCUGCUUUGCCCUUGCUGGAACUGAUAACUUCACUGUAUUGGUCAGAUAGGAAUGCUUUUCACAUCCCUUACAAAAACAGGCCAAUUAGCUGUCCUAUGGUAUCCAGGUUGUCUUUGCAACUAACGUCAGAGCCUGAUGAAGUAAGUUGUUCAGUUUCAGUCAAAUUCUCCCUUUUUAAAGGUAAGUUAAUUUGUUUAAAUAUUUGUUUAAAUACUUGUUAAAAUAAACAGAACUAUUUAAAAAUAACUUAAAAAUAAGAGUUGCAUUGGAAUAAUUAAAAUAAUAUUUGCCAAUUAAAGGCAAGCAGAUUCAGAGGAAUAAUUGAAAUGUCAGCAUAUUAUGGGGAAGGAAUAUGCGGUCACUGGGUUGAGACAUUAAAUAUCUUAAUUAAUAUGGCUAACAAGUCAAUACAAUAAUGAUUAUUUUAAAACCUGUAUAUGACACAAAACCUUACCAAUGUAAAGUAGUCCUAACUUACCAUGAUUACAUCAUUUUCAGGACUAAAAAAAUGUUCUCAAAAUACUUGACCAAGAGCAGAAUAUCAUAGAUACUCAGAACAACUACAAUAUUUGCUGGAACAAACGUAUAAUUGUUAAUAUAAUUAGAAAAUGAUGUUAACUAAAAACUGCCUAAUUACUCACUUACAGAAAUUAAACCCAGCACUUUGAGGGCAUAGCCAAAAGCCUAGGGAAAGGUGGUUCAUUUGGCAGAGCUGCAGGACAGGUCGUAUGCCAGAAUUGCCCUGCGACUGGCCCGUUUCACAGCGGAACACAGCCAAGCACACCAGGUAUGGUACAUUCCCUGAACCUUGCAGAGUCCCCUCACCCAGCCUGCCACUCAUGCCCACUGAGGUGUAAUAUGUAAUGGUUUCUGUUGUUUGAAGUUUUCAUGUACAUAAAUAGCUGCCUUUCUCAGCACAAGUAAACAGGUGCUGUUACCUGCUCUCUUCUAAUUAAAUGCUUCCCACUUCAUUUCUACUCUUCCAGUUGAGAUACAAGUGUGGAAAUCAAAGAGAAGCAAAGAGGAAGGUAGUAAAUAAAAAGGGGAGGAGGUAUACAGUGAUGGAAAAUGCAGAAAUCAAAGGCACAAAACAAACAUAUAUCCCUAUUUAUAGCUAGGCAAUAGGAAACCUGCCACCAUUAAAGUCAGUGGUAUUUUCUGAAGUAUAUUUUAAAUUGUCAGAGUGGGAAGACACCUUCUGCCCUUCCUUAGUAUGUUAUUUCAGCAAGAUCUGUAUGCCUUCAAAGUAUUAUUAUUUAAUAAGAUACAGCACAGUGUUUUCAUACUCUAGUCACUACGUAUAAAGCUUGAUACUAACCCGAAGUCAAAUACAUCAAACAUGAAUAUCAGUGUCUUAGUUUCAACUGGGAUGGAAUUGUUUUCUUCAGAAUGUCUGGCAUGAUGCUGUGUUUUGGUUCUAGGAGAAAAACAAUGUUGAUAACACAAUAAUGUUUAUAGUUGCCUACUGAGCCAAGGCUAGUCACAGUGAAGGACCUGAGGAGCUGGGAGAGAAUGGAAUUGAGACAGCUGACUUAAGCAAGCCAGAGGGAUAUUCUGUACCAUAUGAUAUCAAGUGGAAAGAGUUUUGAAGGGGUUGGGAGUUCGUGAUCUCUCUCUUUGCUGCUCAGGGGGCUAGUUUGGCAUCAUUUGGGGAGUGGUGAGCAAUUACUUGUGCAUCACUUGUUAAAUAUGUUGUGGUGGAAGCCCCAUUCCUGGAGACAUUCAAGGUCAGAAUGGGAAGGGCUCUGAGCAACCAGGUGUAGCUGUGGGUGUCACUGUUCUUUGCAGGGGACUGGAUGACCUUUAAGCGUCAAACAAUUCUAUAAAUCUGUGAUAAUGCAAUGAGCAUGGAAUGUGUGUUCUUCAGCUUUUCUCUGUGAUUGACCAGUGCCAGAGAAAAAGCACUGUUCUGACUCCUUGUGGUCAUUCACAUGUAUAGUAAAGUGCUAUUUGUUCUUUAAAAAUGAAAAGAAAUAUCAAUGAGUUUUAAAUGUUAUAGAUAAAUCUUUCAUAAUACAUUCUGUUAAAUGUAUGUAUUUCAUUGUUGCAAUAUAUUGCAUAUGUUGUGAUUUCACUGAGAAUGAAUAAUUGAACAGGAAUUACGCAUAGAACAAAUCCUCAAGUAAAACUUACACAGGACUUACAUGUUUUCUACAUUUUAAUUGGGUUUUUUUUUUUUCAGAGUAGAAAGUGUUCAAACUGGGCUGCAGGUUGGAUCAAAGAGUACAAAUGUGUUGGCUCAUCUUACUCUAGUUUAGAUGUCAUCUAGAAGUCAUUCAGAUAGAUAACACAACCUUCAGAUACAAGAAAAUACGGUGACAAUUAAUUCAUCUACUUCGCUACCUUUUUGAUGUAAAUGAAUGUUAAUCAACACUUGAUAAUCCAAAUAAACUAAAAUAGAAACCUAUUGACCAGCCUGUUCUGCUUUUGCUUUUUCUCUUUUUAUAGCUUUGAAGCAGUGCUUUAUGUUUUAAUUUCAUGCUUUGAUGUGAAUGAGCCUGAAGGAACAAGAUGGUUUGGGGUCAGUUUGAUUGAUUCGUUCCUUAUGCUUUAAAAACAAGUUGACUGUAGGAUUUUAAAUGUGAUUAGCAAUACAGCAUCUCGUCAAUCUACCAGUGCAAAAUGAUGUAGUACUUUUCAGCAUCUAACUUCAGGUGUAUAAACAACAUACGUAAUUUUCUGAAAUAAAAUUUCUUUGCUAUGUUUAUUCAUUAAUUGGAAAAAUAAUUGAUCUAUUUAUUAAUCUAAGUAAUUAAUUUAGUUAUGGUGUUAUUUUAAUCCUUAUGGAAGAACUUUGUUCUUUAUGAUUCAUAUAUUCUUACUUGCAGAUGUAAUAUGUCAGAGCAAAGUCCACCAGAGUGAAAUAAUGAAGAUGCAGUUUUGCUGCACUUCUACAUUUGAGAUAGUGUGUUGGAGCUGAUUUAUUCACCUGAACUUGAGUAGCAGGCAAAGUACAACUGUAGAGUAUGAGCUCAUACAUUCGUGUGCACUUGUUUCUUUGUCAAGCUUCACUGUAAGAGGUAAGGUAUCUUCCUGCUGUUUUCCUCAGUUGCUUUCUUAAUAACUUGUAAUACCAAUUUCUAUUCUAGAACUAAUUGAAUCUGUAAAUUAUUUCAAUGGACUCAGUAAAUGUGAGGGAAGAAAAAGGACUGACUUGCUCAAAAAUGCUAGAAGAAAGAAACAGCUAACCUGGAAGCUUUAGGUCCGAAUACAGAUUUCCUAAUGUUUUAUAAUGUUGGUGGGAUAGGUUUAGAUUUACAGUCAUUUCUAAUAAUUUUAAAAAUAAUAAUAGAAGCUUUCAGUGAAGGGGGUACAUGACAGUAGGAAAUGCAAACAUAACAGAACUUAAGUGCUGUAGGGGAAACCAUGUGCUGUAUUUUUUUUUUAUAGUAUCUCAAUGUCAAAUAACCAAUUUUGGAUGUAAUAGGAAAUUGUAUGUUAAUAGUAAAUCAGAAUUAUUACUGUAUAGCUGUAAGUAGAAUAAGCAAAUUCUGUUUUGCUGUUUUUCUGCCUGAUAAGUACAAAAACCAAUUCUCAAGCUGACUUCUAUUACAGUGAUAUAUUUUGAACAUUUUUAAAAACGUGUUCAAUGCUUUUUCACUCUGGAAAACUGUUUUACUGGAUCUGCUGCUGAAUCUUUAGAUUCAUAAGGAGUGUGGCUUUAUUGCAGUGUAAACCACUGUGGAGAAAGGAUCUGGCCUGUGUAGGCUCUGUGCUGACACUGGCAGGAAAUAUGCUCUGACCAAAGAGCUGUUUGCUAGAGAUAUAUAUUCAGCCUUGAUCACAGAAUCCUAGAAUCACAAGGUUGGAAAUGACCUAGAAGUCCAACCAUAUAUGAUGUAAAGGCUUUGGCUAAAUUUUAAGCAAAUUUGUCCUUGGAGAGCAUGGGAGAUGUUAUUCCGAUUCAGUUUGAGCUUUCACUGAUACAGAAAUACUUCAGUCAGACUGGAAUGUGUUUAGGUGAGGACCCCAAUAACAGCCUGAGACUUCUUUCUGUAUUGGAUGAAGAGUUACUAAAGAAGUAACCCAAAAAGGAGGACAAAAUGAGGCUCAAAGCACUUUUGAUUCCAAAUAUUGAACCCCUGUGUGUCUUGAGAUUGAAGAAAAGUGGAAGAGUUCCUUUUUGUUUUGUUUAUUGAGCUUUUUUUCCAGAUCUGAUUUAAGUCUGUGAGUUAAGCCUGUGACCUGUUCUUUAUAGCUAUGGAUGGAAAUUCAUCCAAAAUCAAGUCCAGAAUUGCUGAAGUGAAUUCUCCAGUGUAUGGGAAUAUUCAUGGUACUAGAAAGGCAUGGGAUUGAGUGUUGUUUGAAAUCCAGAGAGUUGGAAGAGCUAGUGCUCCUGAUUGUGCCAGUUUGUCCAUCAGUGCCUCUGCUUCAAUACUAUUCACAUACAUGGGGAAUAAGCAAACUUCAGUUCUGAUAGAUGUAAGACGUCCUUCUAAGGUAUGUCAUUACAUUAUUUUCUGUUACGUUUUGUUACAGAUAAUUAGGUUGUUUUAGGUACAGUGUAAGUGAUACAACACAGGGCUCCAUGUCAGAACAACCACCAGCUGGAAAUACUGUGAAACAUCAGGAAAGGGAGAUGCACUUGAAAGAUGGAAGAAGCCAUUUUUGACAGAGGCUCUCACUGAAACCAGGUGUUUCAAUACCUUUCUCCUAAAAGAGAGAGAACUGUACUAAAGGUCAUAAACGUUUCCAUUUUCAGUUGCAGUCUGUAUUAUAGCUGUGGAUUGUUGCAGGAGGGCUGAUUCUGAAGAAAGAUGCUGUUGAAGAGUUCAGCAGGAUUUGUUCUGAUCUUCCUCUCCCAUUGCACUGUGCUGGUGACCACCAAAGAGGCAGUGAUCUUGGCUAAUGCCCACCUUCUGUCUCAAAGAGAUUAUGAUAGACUGGCUAACAUCAAUGAUAAAGACUAUCUAAGGGAUUGUUUUGAGAUUUUUCAGCACUCCAGAGGAAAUUCCGGAGAUGGUCUUUACGUCAUCCAACCAAAAGAAGACCCAAUUGUUGUCUCUUGUAACAUGCAGGAUGGUGGCUGGACAGUAAUCCAGCACAUUACAGCCAACAGUACUGUCGACUUUGAUAGAACGUGGCACGAUUACAAAUAUGGGUUUGGCUCUGUUCAUGACAACCACUGGUUAGGAAAUGAAUACGUGCAUCAAUUAACUGGCGGCUCUGUGCAAUAUGUACUUGGAGUUAAACUUGUAGACCUAAAUGCUGAAAUCAAAUGGGGACAGUACGAACCAUUCCGUAUUGAUGAUGAAGAAGCUCAAUACCGAAUCAGGGUUGGCCUAUACAAAGGCAAUGCUACUGAUGCUCUAACUCUGGACACAGAAGCUUACCUCCACGACAACCAGAAGUUCACCACCAAAGACAGAGACAAUGACAAUUACUUUCAGAACUGUGCCAAACUAGAACACAAUGGUAUUCCUGGGGGAGGCUGGUGGUAUGAUGCAUGUGCUGGGGCAAAUCUAAACCGUAGGAACGUGAUAUACUGGCAAAAGGACUGCAACAAGAAGCAUUUAUGCAAGUUUUCAUGGAUGAUGGUCAAACCCGUUGAACACAGCCCACUGUAUGCAACUAACUCUUGUCCGUGUCAGAAGGAGGAACUGUAGAUUUUCAGAUGCAGAAACUCAGGCAACAGAUAUUGGCGAAGUUCUGCUUUUUAAUUAAAAAAUGGGAUCCUGUCACUGCCAUGAAAAUUAAUUUAGAGACAA